AUGCUUCCCGGGGCGAUAGGCUGGGUUUACGAUAACGACCAGAACGUGUAUUGGAUCAUGGAGAUUCUAUGGAAAAGCCGCGGAUUUUUCAAGCGCGGAACCGUCUGUUAUCGCGUUCGAGACAAGUUUGGUCGGGAGUACGCGCUGAAGGAUUGUUGGGUCAACGAGGACGUCAAGGAUGUCGAAAUAGACUUUCUGAAAGCGGUCGACGGCAUCCAAAAUGUGGUUCAACUCGUCAAAUAUUGGGAUGUACUUUAUGAUGGGCAGCCCGACUCCACAUCGCACAUUCGCAGUCAUUGCCCGACAUUCGUAUUCAAGAAAAAAAUUCAUCGCCGUAUUCUCUUGACACCCUGUGGGCUUCCACUGACGCAAUUCAACGACAUACUUGAGCUUAUCGGGGUUUUUCGUGACCUCGUGGUUGCCCACAAAGCCAUGGUUGGCCGACGUGUCCUUCAUGGAGACCUCAGCCCUAAUAAUAUUAUCAUUUACGAAGGAAAAGGCUACUUCAUAGACUUUGACCAUGCAAAGUUUCUCGAUGCUGAUGAAAAGCUGACGAGAGUCCACGUGGGAACCAUACCAUACAUAUCCUUCCGCGUUCUUCGCCUAAUGGGAGAUGGUCAUUCGGUCCGACACACGCCCUGCGACGAUCUCGAGUCGCUCUUCUAUAUCCUACUUGAAUUCACUGUUGUGUAUUUAGGACCCAAGGGUGCACUGGCCCCCCGACUUGACGAGGAGAAUUUGCAUCGGGACCCCGUUCGGAGGUGGGGGAUCGACUAUGAGAGUUUGACCUUUGAUAGUCUCGCGACCAGCAGCAUGUGGAAGCGUGAAUUCAUCCAUGGUCUCACUGAUCCCCCGCUAGUCACCUCGUACUUCACACCCUGCCGCCCCCUCCUCGAUGAGUGGCGUCAGGCGAUUUCAUUCGCAAGUACUCAGUUGACGGCCAUCUCUCACGACAACAUUUGUGAUGUUCUAACACGGGAGUUAAGCUCGAUCAGUCAGCAACUUGCCCAAACACCUCCUCCUGCACUUCCAUCCACGCUGGAGCCAACGAUAGCUCUGUCGCCUUCUCCUGCACCACUCACAUCACAGCUGGUUACAACCGUCGCCGCGUCGCUUACAGUGUCUCGAUCUGUGCCUGUUCGUGCGACAUCUGUCCCCUUGCCGCUUCCUGAUCCUCCCUUAGCUGUCCGUCGCCCUCGUCGUCCAAACCGGGUGCCUGGCAAACGCUAG